AAAGCUGAUUCGUCUCCGAUAGAAUAGUUCUCUAGUUUUCACAACCUUCAUCAUCUCCCACAAAUUGAUCGUAACAGUGUUGAGAAACGUCGUGAUAGGCGAUCCACUCGCUCUCUUUUCCUGGGCAUGGUGUACAUUGACAGUCAGGGGCGUGUGCUGGAGGCCCGCCCCUGGGGCUUAGCCACCCUCACCGAUGGCUUCUGGGGCCUGAUCACCUUCAUGAGUCUCUUCUUUCAAACCCUCAUCAAUCCCGACCUAACUAAAAAGGGCACGGGUUAUUCGACCGAUUAUCGCUCUAAUGGUGGUCGAGGACCGCCUCCCGCCGGUCCUCGUCGAAGAUUCGGCGGAUUCGGACCCGCCUCCGGGGGUGGACCUAGUCCCCCGCCCAUGCGAGGCGGUGGAUGAGGUUAAGCCGCACUUCUCGUUCAGCACACAGAUGAGGUUGAUAGAACCUGAUUUGGAAUGAGAAGUGAAGCUUUCUCCGUGUUUUCCCAGAUGGGCGGAUCCAUGGGCGUUGGACUUGAAUGACCAAUUUAUGAAGUGCCACGAGACAAGAAUGGAUCACAUUCCCUCGGGGGACAGAAGAACCCGGAUGAUCAGCCCAUUGUGGGACACUAAUUAUACUUACGAUGUGAAAACUACCGUUUGACUAUGUCAGAAUCUUGGGUGAACUAAAAUUAUUACUGAAACUA